AAACAGGUAAGAGCGUCGCGGCGUUAGUCUGGCGCGGGACACGGACCGAAAUAAGCGCGUCUCAGGCGUCGCGACGUACGCCAACGCGAGUGGUAUUGGUGAAUUUUGAAAAUUAUCGGAAGCGCGCGAUGCCUUAGCCGGCGCAUCAAAGGAAAAGGGCACAGUUUCCCGACAACGACGAGAAAGGGUGUAGAAUGGCGAGUAACGAAUCUGCCCUCAAGGACCUGAUUCAUCCGUCGUACAACGAACACCUCAAGGCCCAUAAUGCCGUCACAUUCAAGCUGGUUAAAACCGUGUCUGACUUCACACAGCAGUUGGGACAAAUGUACGAACAACACGCCGAGGAGCUGCAACUGUUGGUGUCAAACUUCCGGAAAAGAAACAACGACUUACGAAAAGAAAGACCAGCCUGUCCUAGUUCGUUGUUUCAUUGUUGGGAGGCACUGCUCCAAGAGGUUGAAAUUGAUUCGCAGGCUUUGGGAGACAUAGCUUCCAUUUUAGGUCGUCAGGUAUCGCGUCCCAUGUUGGAGCGGUCCUUUUACAGGAAGAUACAAUCCAGGAAGGUGUUUACGCACAGAGAGAGUUACGAGACUAUCAUUGCCAAAACCGAAGAGAAGUUAGUAAAGUGUCGACAGGAAUACAAAAACGCGUACUUGUGUUAUUUGGCAAAUCCAACGACUGACAGUUUGAGUGCGUAUUUCAAUGCGCACAACACUUACGUGCAACAGUUGCACGCGACUAACGGAAUGAUGGAGGAAUUCGGAAAAGAAACUCUUCCGUCUUUAUUACAGGAACUAGAAGAGAUAUAUACAGAUUUGUGUUCAACAGUGACUGAUGCGGUUAUACAGGGUGCAGAAGUAGUGUCGUCUAGGGCCGUGGAGCAAACCAGGCGCUACGAGAGCUUGGCGAAUCAGUGUCGGUCCGUAUCCGGGCAAGUGGAUCUAACUCACUUAGCACGAUCUCUGCCGGCUCCCCAGGGUAGGGGCUUAAUUACCAAAAGGAUAUUUGUGCCGCCGCAGCCGCCCCCACCGCCAGAUUCCGCCAAUGGAGAUCUACCCGAUGGACAACUUAUCAGCGAUAACAUCCCUCCGCCUCUGAAAGACGAAUUAGUAAUAGACCAGCUUUCGGCCGUCCAGAUCAAACCAUCUCAUGAUGCCCUCAAAAAGGAAUCCGACGAUCUCAAAGCGCAGAUAAGACAGAUCCAAGAGGCGAUGGAUACACUACUGAGAAUACAACAGAGAUCCUUAGAGGCGUCUCUAUUCAAUAAGGCGAAUGAACUGCAGGAAGAUAUUUCGAUGAAGAGGUUCGACCUGAAAGUGGCCCAGAUACAUCUCAGCGCCAUUAAUGCUCAAAAAGAGCUUUUCUCGAGCAAACUCGACGGGGAGACGGGAAGCGGGCGCGAACGUAAAAUGUCAUCCGCAUCGACGGCGAGUAUGAAAAAUAAAUGGCUAAAAGCUUUCAAAAGCUUAAAAACGCCACCACCCGAAACCGAAAAAAAAAACCAAAUGUACCAUGCAGUGUCUACAAUAAUGUCGAUGAGGAAAAACGGUUCGGCAGUGACGAGAGAAUUGCUCAAAGGCGAUCCGGACGCUCACAAUUUCCAGGAAAAUACGUACAAGAAAAUAACACCUUGCGACGUUUGCUCCCAAAUUCUAAGAGGACACACGCGUCAAGGGCUGAAAUGCCGGAUAUGCAAGAUGAACGUGCACGUCGAUUGUCAAGAAAAAGCCCAGAAAUGUCAGACGAAGGCAAAGCUUUUGCGACGGCAAAAGUCCACGUCCGAAAUUGAAACGAGGAUACCAGACGCAAAUGUCGACGACGAAAAAAUACAAUCGGCCGAGGUAGAUCAAAUUUACCAAGUGCUGAAACAAGCGACAGAAAUAUCGAACAGCAAACCUCGCGUGAACAUCGAUAACGCUCCACCCGGUAUAACAGUGGAACGGAGCUUUGGUUCCAACCCCGGAAGUUCCGGCGGGUCUGGUCAAAGCAUCAGUAGCAGCAGAGGAAGAACAGGUCCUGGACCUCAGCCUAUUAAACCAACCGGUGCUAACUUGGCGGUCGUAAAUCCAGCGCCUUGCUCAACUAGUUCAGAACGGAAUUCUCAAGAUGGUUCCGGCAAUCGUCCCUUUGGCCAACCUCUCUGUAUCGGUCCCCAAAUUUAUAAUGGAAUCGACGUCGAAUCACAACCCCUCAAGUCACCCUCUCCUUCGCCAUCGAAAGGAAAAAAAUACACGUCAAAAAAUAAAAGCGUGUCACAGAAAUGUAAAAAAUAGCCCUUUCGGAUUUAGAUUUUCGAGGAUAGUUUUUUUCGCGUUUUUCUCGAUCGCAUGCUCUAUUAUAUAGGGCGCGUCAUAGUCCAUAGUAGUACCCGGUUGAAACUGAAACUUUGUGAGUGGCUUUGUUUCGGCCCUGCACCCAAACUUUUUUGGAAAAUCUUUCGUAGAAUGGGGUCGUUUGGUAAUAGAAAAAAUGAGAUUUGAACUUUGUUUUCUAACCUCACAAACCUGAUAUUUUAUCUCUUUUAAAAUAAACUGUUGAGCAAAUACUAUAAAUUUAAAUUAACAACAAAAAUUAAACAAUUAUUUUAUGUUUUAGGUUGUUUUUUUAAAUCUCCUGUUAAGGUCAACCUUAUUUUAAGAUUAUUAAAAUAGAGCCCCAAUGAAAUAGAGGAUCGCAAAAUAAUAUGUAAUAUUUUGAAAAUUUCACUCAUUUUUAACCAAAAACAAUUGAGUGUAUUAAUUCAUCGCCACUUUCGGAAAAUUUCUAUUACAGAAAAGUUGAGAGCUUGGUCGAAACGAGUAACAUAGUCUCAACGUGACAAAACUAUCCCGUAUCUUGGACUAUGAACAAUCCAAAAUUCAAGUUGUUAGUAUGUGGGUCGGCCGUCACAACAUAGCUAUUUGCCCGUUGUUGAGAGUAUUUUAUUUUUUGAUUGUUAUAUUACCUAUUGUAUCCGACUGUGAUAAUAAAAAAAACGUUUACAAAAAUGUCGUUUUCGCUUGGCCGUGCUGGACCUACAGUAACGUAAGUCUCUAGGUUUGGAUUUUUUCGAUUUAACAGUUUGAAACUAAACAGCGACAACUAAUCGUUAUUCUGUGAUAAGUUGGUUUUGGAAGCUCCUUAAAACAACCCACAGAAAUCCUUCCAACUUUACCCCAUGCCGCAUGCUAGCCUAGGCAUACUUUCCAAGUGCAUUGCUUUUUGACGUUACGGCUCAUUUAUUAGAGCGUAAUGAAACAAAGUCGCAUAACAAGACAACUCCUUACACUUCUUCUAGAUGCCUUUCUCCUCGUCUAGUAAUGCAAUUACUUAUUCCCACGUAGAAGUGAAUGCUACAUGUUGUUGGACAUUAUAGGCAAAGCCCCAAUUUUCUAUAAAUCUAGUUCACGACUUCUAUAUAAUGACUGUUAUAUCAAGCAGUUCUCUAUUUCAAAACAAAAAAAAUUGGGACUUCGUUUCUGAUGGUCCCGCGAAAUAAAAACCAAAAAAUAAAUGUUUCUACUUGGUGGUGUGCAUUGUAGACUAUACUUUUCGUCUAUAAGUGACGUAGUAAACAUUGUUAUUCUGUUAUUCGAUUCAGGAUAUAGCAUGAAGAUUCCUUCCUCGAGUUCAGGGAUUUUUUGUCCAAUGUUUGGAACCCAGAACGUUGGUCUGUAUUAGGUUCUGUGAUCAAUAUCUUCGAACAGCUUAGCGAUUAAAAAUAGAAUGUUGUUUAUACGAGUGAUACAGCGAAUUAUUUGAUAACCUUAUUUAAACUGCAUAAAACGGGAGAGAAGUGAAAAAGACAACCCUAUUCAUUCAAGGAAUCAUACUAAGCUGAUUUAUAUUAGAACACAGUUUUCGGUCCACAUAUAACGUAUGUAUAUGUACUCUGCAUGCGCAAUAAAUGUAACUCGAAUUGUGAAGAAGUAAAUUCUAAUACAACAAGAACACUUUAGGCAUUUUAUUUAGUUGCGCAUUCGACUCACUUUCAAUUUACUUUUGUUGUUGUGGAUCAUUUUCUCUCAUUAUGACAAAAACUGCAACUACAAAAAAACGCAAAGUAUGAAAUAAUAAUAAUUAAAAAUGAGUAUUUGGUAAUAAAAUAUACAAAUCAUGUAGUUCCUCAAUCAAUAAACAUAUAACGUUCUGUAUCUAGCCUGGCCGAGUCACUCACGAAGAAAGAGAGACUAAACAUCCAUGAACUAGAAACUCUGGGGUUAAGAGUUUAUUGCUCAUGUGCACGCAUACUAUAAAACAAAUUUAGCAGUGCAUCAUGAUAUGAGGAUUUUUUUCAUCAAAUCAAACUGCUGAAUGAAACCCAUAGAAGACAAAACAAAAAUGGCCAGCUGACAGCGGUGUUGCCGAUAGUUGCGUAGGUAAGAAAAAUAUAAAAAGGUCACGUCGGAACUGCCAGCCAAAAAAUAAACGACUAAAAAUCUAGCUUUAUACGUAGAAAAGAUAAUAUAUCUGAUGUAUACUGUUACUCAAAUUGGCCUGUGUUGACGUAUAUAGUUGUUGUGUAUUUGACAUUUACAUAAAAUGGGAUUUCCCUUUAUUUGGCAACAGUGCAAGUAUAUAUCUUAUUACAAACUUAUUAUAUACAGUUCCGGCAUUUCAACCAAACUCACAUUUCUUUCUCUCUCUUUCAUCGUGAGGGGUCGUAUGAUUUAUAUGCAGCUUGAGGUAAUGUCAAAUUUUCAAUAUUGUUCUCUAGAUCAAUAUUAUAACAUUUUAGUAGUGUGUUUUUGUAACUUCUGGAAUCUCGGUUUUCCGUGCUAGAUCUGGAAUUAUAGAGUCCUUUUGGUCCUCAAAAACCUGUUAAAAGCGUUUCCGUCGUUACCUACUCGCAUAAACAACAUUAUAGAUACCCUUUAAUUAGCGAUGAGCAACUCGGUUGCGUAGUUUAUAGCGAUUUACUUCACAGAAUGCUACAGUGCAUGGCGUUUUUGUUUGUCCCGAUUUUGUUUAAUGUUUUGAUUCCGGCAGAGUGGAUUUUUAAUUUUUGCGACUGCGUACGGAUGUAACAAAAAAACAAAACGAAAACCGCAAUUACGAGCUCGUGAAUAUAUAGACGUUCGACGGUUGUUUCGUUUUGUUGCGAACCCGUAUGCACAGCGGAUAAAAACAAUAACCCAUCGCGAAUUUAUU